AUGAUGUUUCCCCUUGGAAAUACGGAAGAAUACGAGAAAGCAUGGUACAAACAUGCCCGAAAACACCGCAGGGCUUUGUUGCAGCUCCCUGGAUGGAUGACGGGCGAACAUGUUCAUCCUGGUGACUGUCCACUGUUUCACUACGGUGUGGCAGCACCGUUCGAAAGACUUCGGGCCUACGCCGUCCACAAAGGUUUCAUGAAAGCAGAUGCGGACGACAUCGCCCUGUAUUCCUGCACCAAACGCAUCACCCGCAGUUUGAUGAUUGCUAGCGACGCGACUCUUCACUUCGCUUGCACAGUGCACCCCGUUCAUGACUACGUUAUUGCGCUCCACACCAACGUCACCGCGUACCGCGAGAAACUAGUUGAUACGGACGAAGAGGAAGUGGUGGAAAUCAUCAAGCGCGAACUCGGAUUAGACCCGAAUACAACCGCUCGAUGGUACUGGGAUCUCGAGACUCCAAAAUCGGCCAGAGUUGACGCGGUCGAAGCGCCGUCCAAAAGGAAAACAUCCCAUAAUACGCCAGCAGCCGAAGGAUGCACCGCGCAGCGUAUGGCAUCGGGAGUCCGAUUUGCUAUAGCUGCCCAUUAG